AUGGCGACGCAAUCUGACCCUCCUCCGAAUUCAAUUGACGAAAAGCCGCAAAACCCAGUUUCACAGGUCGCACAACCUACCGUUGAUGAUGGUCAGAAUGCCAAGGUAGAACCUAAAAAUGAGAGUUCUCCAUCUUCUGUAUUUGUGAACUCAGAACCAAUUCGAGAAGGGCAAGUGGAAAAUGCCGUGAAGUUUCUUUCACAUCCAAACGUUAGGGGAUCACCAGUUAUUUACAGAAGGUCAUUUCUUGAGAGGAAAGGACUCACAAAACAGGAGAUAGAUGAAGCCUUCUGUCGUGUUCCUGAUCCAACCCCAGCAGUAACAACUACACAACAGGUUGCCACAAGUCAAGAUGCACGCGUAAAAGCUCCAUCAAAUAUUCAACACCAAGCUCCAAUACAAACUCUGCAGCCUGCACCUGCAGGCAGCAUUUCAACAAUUGGGAGGCUUUCUCACUUUCACUGGUCUCAUGCCCUUCUUGCUGUGGGCUUUCUGGCUGUUUCAGGAGCUGGAACAGCAGUACUUUUCAAGAAUGCAAUAAUUCCCAGGUUGAAGUCUUGGAUUCGCAAGGUUGUAUUGGAUGAAGAAGAAGAAGAGGCUUUGCAAAAGAAAUACAAAGUAAAGCCCAGUUUAGCAGAAGAAGCCGCAGCCGCUGCAAAAGCCGCGGCCGCUGCAGCAGCAGAUGUAGCUCGGACAAGCCAGGAGAUAUUGAUAUCAAAAACUGAAGAGAAGAGAUGCUUUGAAGAGCUUAUCAGUGUGAUAAAUGUGCAAUUAGGUGAGAUGAAGUUGAUGAGUACUGCUAUGCAUAAUUUAGAAGGUCAAACCCAGGGAAGAAUUCCGAUGGCAGAACAAGAUGUUAACAGGGUCUCGUGGACCGGUUCAAGGCAACCUUAUGCAAAUGGCAAGGUGGAUGCUGACUCACGUUCGGUGAGAUCUUCGUCACCACCUGCAUUGGCGGAACCCUCUGUUGCUCCUCAUCCUAAGUCGUAUAUGGAGAUCAUGGCCAUGAUUCAAAGAGGGGAGAAACCAUCCAACAUUAGAGAGAUCAAUGACGCACCACCAAAUCCCAACCAACCGGUGCCACUUCCUCGUUUAGCUCCAAGGCCUAAGCCUUGGGAGGUUAAUCAAGCUCAGAGCACCUCGACCAAUGUUAUUCAGUCUCAAGAAAGCAGCAACAGCGUAAGUUACGAGUUCAAAGAUAAGCAGUCAAAUGGUGAUGAUGCAGUUCCUUGGUGGCAACGGAAAAAUGUCAGAAUCACAGAAAUUGAAGCUGGGGACGAACAGAAAUUUGGAUCUUCCAAUGUAACAAGUAAUGUUCGACCAGUUCAGCGGAUUUGGGUACCUCCCCAGCCACCUCCUGUUGCCAUGCCUGAAGCAGCUGUAGCUAUUAGACAGCCAAAGAAGUCAUUACAGAAAGAUGAUCAAUUGACUGAUGAGCAAUCCCUGGUUCGCUCUUCAGACGUAACUGAUGAGUUGCAGAGGAUCACAAAGCCGUCUGAAUUUGGCGGUGUUGUGAACGUUAAUGGAGGAAGUUCCGGGCUUAAUUCAAGUGAAAUACAAAAGGAAGAGGAAAACUCGAUUCUUGAGAUGUAA